AUGCUCGACCGGCUGCAGGUCUUCCUCAAGCUUGUCGGGCUCUCGUUGUCCCUGGGCCUGAAACAGCUUACUCACAAUUGCGCCGCCCGGGUCCAUCGUCUGACAUACAAACCGGUCGACAACCCCAAGAAUGUCGUGGUCAUCGGCGGCUCCAUGGCCGGCUUCUUUCUGGCGAAGGAACUAGCCGAAUCGCUUCCGACGGGUUAUCGAGUGAUUUUAAUCGAAAAGAAGUCGCACUACCACUUCACCUGGAACUUCCCGCGGAUUUCGGUGGUUGACGGCCACGACAACAAAUGCUUCAUUCCAUUCCCUCGACAGAUUUCGACUGCUCCAGCCGGCGUGUACGAGUUUCGACAGGCCACGGUCGUGGCCAUCGAUCCGGACAAAGUGACGCUGGACAACGGCUCCACGAUUGACUACGAAUAUCUGGCAAUUGCCACGGGUUCCAAGGCCCGGUAUCCUGCACAACUGGACGCGAACGAGAAGAGAGAAUGCAUCGAUUACUUCCAAGCCCAGCGACACCAAAUUGAAGCCGCGAAAGAUAUCGUCAUUGUCGGCGGUGGAGCAGCGGGUGUCGAAAUCGCAGGGGACAUCAAGACAAAAUUUCCCGACAAGAAUGUGACUCUGGUGCAUUCUCGCGACCGCCUCCUGAACAACUUCGAUCCGGCACUCCAUGAAAUCGCCAAAAAGGCUUUGGAGGACAUGGGCGUCGUUGUGUAUCUGGCCGACCGGGUCGUGUCGGAUUUGGACCCGGAAUUGACCAAAUCAAUCAAGCAAGUCAUGUUACGCGAUGGGAAGGUUCUCCAAUGCGAUCACCUGAUAAAAUGCACCGGCCAAUCCGCGCAGUCUGACCUGACCAAGGAGUUCUCACCGGCCUCGGUGGCUCCAACUGGUGGGAUCCGUAUUGAGAAGACUUUGCAGAUGAAGGAUGCGCCUUCGGAUAAGAUUUUUGCUCUGGGAGACGUCAUUGAUACCCCUGGGCCAAAAAUGGGCCGCGCCGCCUCUCUCCAAGGCUUCCACGUUGCCCGCAAUAUCGUGCGCUCCAUCAACCACAAGCCAUUGAAACCAUACAAACCUUCCAUGAUAGACACCUCUAUUGAUUUGACCUUGGGUCUGGGUAAAAACGUCAUGUAUAUCAGUGAUCUGGGCAGACGGCACCUGGCCAUCAACACCAAAACGCCAGAGGAGUUGCAUGCGGCUCGGGCUUGGCAGGUUAUGGACAUGAAGCCGUAUGAUGACCCGGAAUACGAAGCCUCGAAAAAGCUGGCUGUUUGA